AUGGCGUCGUGGAUGGUCGUGGUGGUGGUGGUGAGUGACGACCCAGUCUUCCUGGCCGCCUUCGCCCAACAGGCCCGUGAGGGUCGCCUGCUGGUGUGGGCCACGAGGCUCAUAGUGGUGAGCCGCCGUGCACUGCACAGCCUCCACCCGCUCCACCAGAUUCUGUCCCUUACCAACUCUCUCCUGCUGCUGGUGGAUGGUGCAGCGGGGGUGGCCAGGGCUUCCGUGAAGGCAGUGCUGCCUUUCCAACGUCCCAGAGACGCAGUGCUGUGGAGAGCGUCUUGGACGGUGGGCAAUGGUCUCCAGUUACGUCAGCCGCUCUUCUGGGAUAAAUUCAACAAGUUUUCCAAGGAAACAAAAUUACUGGUGGCAAUGGAACAAAACGACAAACAUACAGUGGUGAUGGUUCCAGACCCAACGGCCCCAGGCGGUAAACGGCCAGAGUUUAAGGGCUACAUGAUCAAUGUCAUUGAUUACUUGUCGCAAGGACUUAACUUCUCGUGCACGUUCCGGCGGCCACCAGAUGGUGUGUGGGGAAUGAAGCUCAAGAACGGUUCUGUGAUCGGCAUGGUGGGCCAGGUCCAAAGGGAGGAAGUGAAUAUGGCUUUAGGACCUUUCACUAUCAACGCCGCCAGGUACGAAGCUGUGGAUUUCACUUGGCCGGUUGUCUACAUGCGUGUCAAGGUGUUCGCUGGUCGGAAGACUCCUGAAAUCGAUCCGUGGGGCUUCUUGCUGCCCCUCGGCCGCUGGGUGUGGGCGAUGGUGUUCGCCUUCCUUCUGCUGCUGGCUCUCGUCUCCUUCCUUCUCUCAUCCAAGUUCUCCCCACAUGAUGUAACCUCAGAAAACCUUCUCUACUUUACCAGCAUUAUGCUUCGUCAGUCCGUGUCUUUGGGCGGUGGCGGGUGGAUGUGGCAGCGCGUGGUGCUGGGCAUGUGGAUGCUGAUGACCAUGGUGCUGACGCGGAGCUACGAGGGCAACCUUAUGUCGCUGCUGGCUGUGAGAUACCUGCCCCAGCCCUACCAGACCCUCAGGGAUGUGUUGGACGACCCCUCGAUGGUCAUGGUCUGGUUUAAACAAGGUGCCACCAUGCAAGCAGUUAUGGAUUCUACAUCUGGAAUCUUGCACGAGGUGAAGCAGAGUGAAAAAAAAGGGCGUCUUAUUUUUCUGUCCUCGGCUGAGUACGACAACAUCCUCAACGACCUCAUAGAACAGAAGAAAGUGAUAGUUGACUUCGACACAAUAACAACGGUCUUGAGAAACAGAUACUUCUCUCGUACAGGGCGGUGUGAUUUCUACACGGGAUCUGAAACUAUCAUGGCUAACCCAUUAGCACUUAUCAGCCAGAAGGACAGUCCCCUCAUUCCACCCAUCAACACGCGGCUAAUGCACACGGUAGAAGCUGGACUAUACAAGUAUUGGAGAGUGGACGCCAACCCGAACUCCAGUUCAUGUGAGCGAGUGCCAACCAAGAUCACCGUCAGUUCGUCCUUUUCGCUCAGGCAGUGCUGGGCAAUGGUGGUGGUGCUUGUGGUUGGCCUGAGCAUGGGUUUGGUAACACUUUGCCUGGAAGUGAUGCUCCUCCAAGUCUUUACUUACAGACCCUGUGGAGCUGAGACCUAGCUUCCAUGGACGACUUUUACGCGCCUAGGUGCUU